GAUACGCACGAGCCAGCCAACGACGCGAAGUCGAUCUCAUCAAUCGAUCGAAGAAGCAGCAAGCAAACGAUGGGGUGCGGGAUGAGCCGCCUCACCAAGGCCGUCGUCUCGCUGGCCAUCAUCAUCAUGCUGCUCAUGCCCAGCGCCCUGGCGGCAACCAUGGCUAGCAUCGACGCCACCCGGAGCCAGCACCUGCCGCUUCCACGCGGGACGGUGCGCGGACCGGAGAGCGUCGCCUUCGACGGCGAGGGCCACGGCCCCUACAGCGGCGUCUCGGACGGCCGCGUGCUCAAGUGGAACGGCGACAAGCUCGGCUGGACCACCUACACGCACGGCCCCGGCUACGACAGCCAGACGUGCACGGCCACCAAGUUCCGCCCGGAGACCGCCACCGAGAGCCGCUGCGGCCGCCCGCUCGGCCUGCGGUUCGACCAGAGGACGGGGGACCUGUACGUGGCCGAUGCGUACAAGGGGCUCAUGCGGGUCGGCCCCGGCGGCGGGGAGGCCACCGUGCUGGUCAACAACGUCGAUGGCGUGCCUCUCCGCUUCACCAACGGGGUCGACGUCGACCAGACCACCGGACAGGUCUACUUCACCGACAGCUCCAUGAACUACAACAGGGCCCAGCAUGAGAUGGUGACGAGGACAGGGGACUCGACGGGGCGCCUCAUGAGGUACGACCCGCGCACCUCGGAUGUCACCGUGCUCCAAACGGACAUGACCUACCCUAACGGCGUCACCCUCAGCGCCGACCAUACCCACCUUGUGGUCGCGUCCACCGGGCCAUGCAAGCUACUAAGGCACUGGAUCAAAGGGCCCGAUGCGGGAAGAUCCGAGCCUUUCGCCGACCUCCCGGGCUACCCUGAUAAUGUAAGGCCCGACACGAGAGGAGGUUACUGGGUGGCGCUACACCGUGAGAAAAACGAGCUACCCUUCGGCCGUGACAGCCAUCUUCUCGCCGUGAGGGUUGGUGCCAAUGGGAAGAUACUUGAAGAGAUGAGAGGCCCCAAGAGCGUAAGGCCGACCGAGAUUAUGGAGAGGGGGAAUGGCAAAAUCUACAUGGGUUCUGUUGAGCUGCCUUAUGUCAGUGUAGUUAAACGUAAAUAGUAGAGACAUGUUGAUUUAGCAUAACUUUUGGUUUCCUAUUUUGUAUCCGAAGUGUAAUUUCUAGUUUGUUGUAGUUUCAGAUACAUGCAUAUGUUAUAUGUAGAAGAGUGGAAGAGGUCGGCCUGGUGCCUCUCCUCCUUUCCCUCCUAUGUAUUUUCAAUC